AUGGGUGUUAUGGAAAGAUUGAACCUUGAUGAACAGGAAGGGGGAGGGAAGCUCGUGGCUUUGGAAGGCGACAUCGAUACGAUAGCAACUCAGUUGCGGCUGCUACCGCCGUCACAAAAAAUCCUAGUCUUACCGUCUUUCGUCGACUCGCUCCCUCCUCGAUCAGCCCAGUAUCCGUUUGAUGCUCGUGCGUUUAUUCGCGAUGUCUACUUAGCCUUUGCGGAGCGAACCGACACAGCACAGUCCUUUCUUAAAUACUCGAGCCCCAGCCAGCCGCGAGUAGUGUUCAUGAAUGGUGGCAGCGUCUGUGCGCGAUCUUCUUGUAUCUUAAAGAUAUCCGAGAAUAUCACAAACGGCGAUGUCUAUGAAGCGGAGCUGGUUUUCAACGAGAUCGCGCAACAUGGUGUUGCCAACAUAUUGGCCCAAGACGCAACCGACGAUGAACUAGAGACUUUGAAGGUCAAUGGCGCCGAAGACCAUGGGGAAGAACUAGAGCUCGGCGAAACAGAUUCGAGAAGAUCUCUUGAGGUUGGACGACCUGAGAAUCUGACGCUGAAACCGAAAACCACGACCGAUGAGUUGGAAAGAGAGGCCGUCGCUAUACAAAGCAAAAUUGACAGCUUUCAAGAGGUGUAUCAUACCCCGCAACAACACAGCAGCGAUCCUGCCAUACCGGGGACAGCUAACGAUAUUCCUGAACUACAACCAAAUUCUUCGGAGCAACCAAGUCAUCAAUAUUCGUCACUCACAAAGACCAAUGGCUUGCUUGUUGGUACAAACCAGGCUGAUAAAGCUGGGGAGAUGGGCUCGACUACUCGAGACAGCCUGUGCUUCUUAGACUCACGGUCGCAUCACGGCCGUCGACACUCCUUCGCUGAAACCAGAAAGAGUUACUUUUUUGAAGACAACUUAGAAGAUGGUGAUUUUGACGAAGAUGACGGUCUUUUCUCGCUGUCUCCGACACCAGGGGUCAUUUUCGGCGAGGCAGAGCUUGUAGAUAUGCAUACCGGCUCUACCGAGAAAGAACUGAGAAGAGUCAAAUCGGCAGAUACAAUUUAUACCAGCAUUUCAAGCUGGCCAAAAAUGACGCAAAGCAUUCCUGCUUUUCUCAGACAUACUACCUCGGCUUUUCUGUUAGGAAGACCUGUAUCCUCUGUGGGCUUCGGCGCCCAAUCGUUCCAAACGCUCCCUAAGAGGACUUUUACGCGAGCGUCUCAGACAACAAUCAAACGAUCACCACCUCCAACAAGGACUCCAAGUACUAUUUAUGAGAACGAUGGUCAAGCUACUGGUCCAACUUUAGUGGACCGCGGUACAGCCACAGCGGACGAUAUCAUAGAUGAGGAUCAAUAUGAUGAGGACGAAUACGAAGAAUACAUUCCAAUUUUUCCUUUGGUGGAAGAUCUCGUGAUCCAGUUUACAGACUCAUCUCGUAACCCAGUUUUGGACUCAGUUAUCCGGUCUUAUCGAGACGGAAGCUACCCUCUGCCACCCCCCUCCACUGAAACAAUAUCCAGCCGUUCGUCGAGCCUGCCACUCCAGGAAAAUCUAGCCCGAGCCGAGGAUACUUGUGGAAGCAGUGGUGGCAAAAAUCCAGGCCAUUCUUCUCCUGUUCCGUCUCCGGUGCAAUCUGAAGUUGACGAUCCUGGAUACGAAUCUCGGCAUUCGUACGACCCUUAUAGCUCAGAUAAUCGUCCGCUUUCAGGUAUGGAUGUGAAGUUGGCUCCACCAGGAAGACUAGCUCGUGCUGAUAGUGGUGUUCAAAUGCCAGAUCCUCCAUCACCGAAGUUUUCAAUUACAACUCCUCCGAAUGAGCCCAUCGACAAGUUCAUUGAGCUCUCUACAGUAGACUCGACUGGCACUAUUUUUCUUCAGGAUUCCCUAAGAAGAUUAUUCAGUAUACAUCUCCCAGCCGGUGACCCAGGUUACCGUCAACAUAACUUCACGGUGUCUCCCGAAGCAGAUCGACUGUGGAAACCCGUAUUUAAAAACGACGAGACAUCAAGUGUGAACAGCGAAAGCAACACCGUUGACCAGAUCAUAUGCCUUGGGUGCGAGACUGGGGUUCGAAAGGAGUUCUUCAACCAGAUUUCGGGUCACAUUGAAAGACUUGGAAUGAAGAAAGACGGCGUAAGCAGAAGCGCAAAACUGGAUAUCACAUAUUUGAUUGCAAAUAUGAUGCAGACCUACUGUGCCCUACCGUUGACCGUCCAAAGCACGUUUAAUCCACUGAGCGAUCCUACCAUUCUGGCAACUUUACUCGUUCCCCAGAUUGAGGCUUAUCUUGCAUGCAAUGCAACCACGCGCCUGUUGAUCCUUCACUAUCCUAUCAGCCAUCUACCAACGAUUUUUGCGCUUCGUCAGCUUCUUGGGGUAGAAACUCUAAAGAUCGCUGGAAUUCUCAACACUCUCGCAUCAGAUCCACCAUCCAGCGUAACGAGUCCGCGGACGCCUUUGUCGAAAUACAAUUCUAAUUCAUAUUUGGGCGAGCCCACAUCCCCUCUUCGCCAAAAGGCUUCGCAAGCUGGGUCCCUCCGCAGCACUAACCGCAAGGAUUCUUUUGUAGGCGGCUCACCUACCCCUGGUGGUCUUCACCGCUACGCUUCCGAGCGAAAGCUCUCGUCGACUGCCAUCUCCUUUUCUAAAGCCAAUCACUUGCUUCCAAGCACCGCAACAGAUACUGAAAUUACAACAUUCCUUUCUGGUAUCUGGAAAUGUUUGAUUGACAAAUCUUCCUUCUAUGCGCCGGAGCCCAGCCCGGAACCAAUGAUAGUCGAGCGACUCCUCAGCAGCUCAUCACCGCCCAUGUCUCUGGUGUAUAAAGCCAGGGACGCUCCUACAUCGCGUGCAGGUACUCCAACUCGUCAACAGCCAACCGCUGAACGAGCACCUGCGCGCGAACGCGAACACAAUUAUCUUCCUUCCUCAUUCCGCUCCCCAACCAUUUCAUCCACCACCUCUUCAGCGGUUGCUUGCGAAGGCAAGAACUACCGUCUAACAGGAUCCACGAAAGUCGGCACCUAUGCUGCCUCAAUAACAAACACAAAGACUAAUGGAAGCGAGAAAAAGAGGAGAGCUGCUGAUGGAAGCUGGGAAAAUUUCUACAUUGGCGACGAGGAUAGUGAUGAUGAUGAAUACGAUAAGAUGACUCUAGGACGACAACACGCUAAGAUCGUGCCGGAAAUCAGAAAGAGUGGUCAUGCUACAGCGUCGGGUCCGAAGAGGAAUAAGCAGAAGGCUCUGAAGUGGCUAGGACUCGCUUAA